AUGAGUGAAAGGCUUGCAACAGGUAUGAGUGAUGGGCUUGCAGAAAGUAUUGGUGAUGGGCUUGCAGCAGGUAUGAGUGAUGGGCUUGCAGCAGGUAUGAGUGAUGGGCUUGCAGAAGGUAUGAGCGAUGGGCUUGCAGCAGGUAUGAGUGAUGGGCUUGCAACAGGUAUGAGUGAUGGGCUUGCAACAGGUAUGAGUGAUGGGCUUGCAACAGGUAUGAGUGAUGGGCUUGCAACAAGUAUGAGUGAUGGGCUUGUAGAAGGUAUUUGUGAUGGGUUUGCAGCAUGUAUGGGUGAUGGGCUUGUAGAAGGUAUGAGUGAUGGGCUUUUAGCUGGUAUGAGUGAUGGGCUUGCAGCAGGUUUGAGUGAUGGGCUUGCAGCAGGUAUGAGCGAUGGGCUUGCAACAGGUAUGAGUGAUGGGCUUGCAGAAGGUAUUUGUGAUGGGCUUGCAACAUGUAUGGGUGAUGGGCUUGCAGCAGGUAUGCGUGAUGGGCUUGUAGCAGGUAUGAGUGAUGGACUUGCAGCAGGUAUGAGUGAUGGCUUGCAGCAGCUAUGA